AUGCCCCGGUCGAAGCAUAAUUCGGAUGGAAGCAGCAGCAGUACUGGUGGAGUAAUACCGAAUGCCUGUAGAGCAUGCCGCGAACAGGAUGACUCCAGGAUGGUCCAGUGCGAUUCGUGUGAUGAUUGCCAAGCUAAGCAGCAAGCCACGAACAAGCAAUCGACGAGCAAUAUUACCACGACGGUACCGUCCGUAAGUACAUGUAUCGCCCCGACCACUAGCCAGUGGUGCACUACUCCAGUGUUACCGGUGAGUACUCCCGUCGAGCUAGUGACGAGUGACGUCACCUCAUCAAUUAUGUAUCCGUCAAAUACAAUAUGCAAUACAUUUAGUCAAAAUAUGACAAUGCCACCUCAUUCGUUCAUGUCGCCCUAUUAUAUGAUGCCACCCUAUCAACCACUGCAAGGUAAUUGUCCGAUGCCACCGAUAUCGUCGUCUCACAUGUCAAAUCCGCAAGUUUCGUUAUCGGGAGUGAAUUGUUAUGAUACGUGCUACACAGUGCCAUCAAGUACCGCUCAGCCUAUUCCGUUUGUACCCAGUACUGUUCCAUCCAUUCCGCCGAAGUCCGUUUCGUUUGUGCCAACUGCUGCCCGACCAGGAGGACCACAAAAACAGCCGUCGGAGUCGCUGCAUCCAAACCAUCUUCCAAGAAACAUGCAACAAGUUUUGGAAGAUAACCUGAACCAGCAAUCCGGAGCAAAUUCCAGGAGGUCCGCUAAGCAGAGACAGUUAAAGUUGGAGUUGAAGAUCUUGGAUGAAGAACGGAAACUUAAGGAAGCAGAAGAAGCAACCCAACGCGAAUACUUACGUAGAAGACACGAGUUGCUGAAGGAAAUAGUCAACGAUAAUUCGGAGGCGAAUGUAGAGGGGGAUCGAUCGGAUUUAAGAAUGUUCGAUUGGUUGAACGAAGCUGCCGAAACGAAUCUGCAUGGUGCUCCGGUGCAUAGUACGCCUGAGUUUCAUCGCCAGCCAAACCCGUCUAGAAAUCGAGUUCCGGAUUCACUAGCAGCAGCAUGCCAAUCAACUUUUAAUCCACACAUGAUGUCAGAAAAUACGCCAUCGCAUUUUAACCAGCAACGAGGCAAUCCAGAGCCUGGUUUCCAUCCGGAGCAGCGUUUCACCCCAAGACAGGUUCCAGGUGAAGACGAUGAUGAAAACAACUUGACACGCAGCCAGGUAGCCGCACGCCAGGCGGUUUCAAGGGAACUUCCGUUUUUCAAUGGUACUCCGGAAGAAUGGCCGUUGUUCUACUCAACGUUUAUGACAACGACCAACCUGUGUGGUUACACACCGGAGGAAAACCUUAUUCGGUUACAAAAAUGUCUGAAAGGAAAGGCAUACGAUGCAGUUAAAUGCAGACUAAUGCAUCCAGCGAACGUUUCGGGUAUUCUUUCCACCUUGAAGAUGUUAUUUGGGAACCCUGAGGUUAUCGUCCAGAAUCUGAUAAGCAAGAUCCACUCGACGCCUGCUCCGAAAGUUGACCAGCUGGAUACGAUCAUCGAAUUCUCUCUUGCCGUGCAGAACCUGUGUGCGACGAUCGAAGCCUGCCAGCUGGAAGAAUAUUCAUAUAACGUGGCCCUCCUGCACGAACUGGUGGAUAAACUACCUUCGUCGUUCAAGAUAGAAUGGGCGAAAUACCGUCGUAAUCUACCACGUGUACACCUCGCAGCGUUUUCGAAAUGGUUAUACGAGUUGGCAGAAAUAGUCUGUCCGAUUGCAAGCCUGCAAUUGGGGGAAACCAAACCGGCCCGAAGCAGCAGAAAAAAUUCUGCUUUCCUCAAUGCGCACAACCAGGAAACAUCCGAUGAUCCUGUGGGCAAGCCGCGUCAACAGGUCACCACUGAGCGACCUGCCAAGACAUGUGUUGUUUGCAAAGGAAGUUGUUCCCAUCUGGAGAAAUGCAAGCGAUUCGAGGAGCUGGGAUAUAACGCCAAGUGGGCAGUAGUGAAGGAGUUCAGCCUGUGUAGGAAGUGCCUCCGCAAACACAACGGAACGUGCAAAUCCAAACAGGUUUGCGGAAAGAAUGGGUGCACCUUCAAACACCAUCAACUUCUUCACAACAUCCAGCGCGAUGGGACCGCCACAAGUAGUUCCAACGCUCCGGGAACGACUGCUGCUAAAGUUGCUCAAAACACUUCGGUUCGCGAGUGCAACGCUCAUCACAAGUCCGCUAACAAGGGGCUAUUUCGAGUCGCUCCAGUCGUCAUCCAUGGUCCGAGUAAGUCCAUUAAGACGUUCGCCUUCCUCGACGAUGGAUCAUCGCUCACCCUAGUGGAUUCAUCGCUGGUGCAAGAGUUGAAGUUGCAAGGAGAAACCAUACCCUUGUGCCUCAAGUGGACAGGCAACAAGCGGCGGAUGGAGAACGACUCUAUGAAGCUGGACCUCGAGAUUUCCGGGACAGGAGAAGUUCAGAAGAAAUAUCGAAUUACAGGAGCUCAUACCGUCGCCAGCCUUGAUCUAUUCCAUCAGACGGUAGAUAUGCAAAAGCUUAGCGAUCAGUACCCGUAUCUGCAGGGCAUCCCGAUCGAAUCCUACAAAAACGUACAGCCUCGACUGUUGAUUGGGAUCGACAACGCAAAUCUCACUUUUCCACUCAAAGGAAGGGAGAGGAAAAUGCAUGAACCAAUAGUAACGAAGACACGUCUCGGUUGGAUUAUUCACGGAGGAAGUGAAACGAUAGACGCUCUACAAGCCGUCCGUGAUUACUUUUCAUUGGAUAGCCUAGGAGUAUACAAAUCGGAGAAGCGUUUAGUCUCUAGCGAAGAGCAGCGUGCGCAAGAAAUCCUGCAGUCAGCUGUCCAGACAAAUACCGGCCGAUACGAGGUUAGUUUGUUAUGGAAAUUCGACAAGGUUCGCCUACCAAACAGCAAACCAACGGCGCUGCGACGUUUCCACUGCUUGGAGGCGAGAAUGAAGAAACAGCCGAAGUUAUCCAACGUUUUGCGGGCGAAAAUUGAGGAUUAUCUGCGAAAGGGAUACAUUAGAAAGCUUUCCCAGGAGGAACUGCGCACUUCCCAUGAACGGGUGUGGUAUCUUCCGUUAUUUCCUGUAUUCAACCCGAACAAACCCGGGAAGGUAAGAAUCGUGUGGGAUGCAGCAGCCAAAACAAAUGGCGUUUCUCUGAACUCAAUGCUCAUGACAGGACCGGACUUGCUUACGCCUCUGGACUAUGUACUCUAUCGGUUCCGUGAAUUCCGGGUGGGGCUCAGCGGCGAUGUGAAGGAGAUGUACUUGCAGGUACUGAUGACCGAGAAAGAUCAACAUUGCCUCAGAGUGCUAUGGUCCGACGACUCUUCCGGUAAACCAGACGUCUACGUGACUCAAGUGAUGCCGUUUGGUACCUGCUGCUCACCUAGUUGCGCGCAAUUUGUAAAGAAUCUCAAUGCGCGCAGGUUCGAAACGAAAUUCCCUGCAGCCACACAAGCGAUUAUCAAGCAGCAUUAUGUGGACGACAUACUGGUAAGCGUCGAAACGGAACAGGAAGCUAUCCAACUCGCCAGGGACGUGAAAUUCGUGCACGCACAAGCUGGAUUCGACAUGCGAAAUUGGAUUUCCAAUUCGCCGGCAGUUGUAGAGGCGAUGAAGGACGACAAAACAGCCGAGAAGAGCUUGAAUCUCGCAGUGGAGUUGAGGACAGAGAAGGUUCUGGGAAUGUGGUGGUGCACAUCUACCGAUACGUUCAUCUACAAGCUCUCGUCAAAGCACGACCGAGAGCUUCUCGAAGGUCAACGAAAACCGACGAAACGCGAAGUUCUACGGACGUUAAUGGCUAUCUUCGACCCGCUUGGCCUGAUAUCGAACGUGCUAAUCUAUUUGAAGAUCCUGUUCCAAGAGAUUUGGCGCGCAGGCAUCGGUUGGGAUGACCUAAUACCUGAAAGUCUCAACGAAAAGUGGGAGAAAUGGUUGGAUAUCCUACCGAAGGUUCAAAAUGUCAGUAUACCCCGUGGUUAUCGCUCCCUGACGCAGCUCGGUCCGCAAACCAAUAUCCAACUGCAUACCUUCGUCGACGCUAGUCUGUCGGGCUUCGCAGCUGUCACCUAUCUACGCUUUGAGCAAGGUAGCACAGUGGAAUGUGCUAUAGUUGGGGCUAAAACUCGAGUAGCUCCCCUCAAAUUCUUGUCCAUUCCGAGGUUGGAGUUACAGGCUGCCGUUAUUGGAGUAAGGUUGGCGGAUAGGAUCAUGAAGUCGCUAUCGUUCAAGGUUCACACGCGAUUCUUCUGGACGGAUUCCCGUGACGUUUUGUGCUGGAUUCAAUCAGAUCAUCGACGGUAUUCGCAAUUCGUUGCAUUCCGCAUCAGCGAAAUCCUGGAAACAACAGAAGCAGCAGACUGGGGGUACAAGCGGUCGAAAGAGAACGUCGCGGGCGAUGCAACGAAGUGGCAGGGAGUGCCAGACCUCACCGAGAACAGUAGAUGGUUCAAAGGCCCUAGCUUUUUAUGGGAAUUUCGCAGCAACUGGCCAUCCAAUCUGUACCGAGAGGAUACUACCGACGAAGAACUUCGAGCAAACAUCUUCUACCACCAGGCGGAACCUGCGCCAGUGAUAAACGUUGAGGAUUACUCGUCGUGGAAGCGCUUGUUGCGUGCAACCGCCACAGCACUGAGAGCCGCUCACAACAUUCGCCAGAAUUCGGAGAACGGGAAACGGAUCACUGGCCCACUGUCGGCUGAGGAGCUUCAACAAGCCACUAUCUACCUGUAUCGACUAGCUCAAGUGGAUGCUUUCCCGGACGAGAUAGGAAUUCUCAGCGCAGGAUCUGAGGAAAAGACGUUGUCGAAAUCAAGCUCAAUCCACAAAUUCAAUCCGUUCUUGGAUGAGCAGAAGGUACUGCGAAUGCAUGGAAGAAUCAGCGCGUGUGAAUAUGCUUCGAUGGAUGCUAGGAAUCCGAUUAUCCUCCCAAGAGAUCAUCACGUCACAUGGCUGAUAGUCCAGGAUUUUCACGAACAUUACCAUCAUCAAAAUCACUCGACUGUCAUAAAUGAGUUGCGGCAGACUUUCCGGAUUCCGAGAAUCAGACGGCUUUUCCAGCGAGUCAGAACGAAAUGCCAGGAGUGCAAAAUUCAAAGGGCUACUCCACGUCCGCCUCCGAUGGCUGAUCUUCCUGCGGCAAGGCUGGCGGCAUUCACCAGACCGUUCUCGUUCAUCGGAAUUGAUUAUUUCGGUCCUAUGUUAGUGGUGGUAGGGCGACGACUUGAAAAGCGAUGGGGUGUGCUUAUAACGUGCUUGACUAUACGGGCGGUACACAUUGAAAUCGCACAUUCGCUCAGUGCGAAUUCGUGCAUCCUGGCAUUGAGGAACUUCAUGGCACGGCGAGGCGUACCAAUACAAAUAUUAUCCGAUCGUGGUACAAAUUUUACAGCGGCGAGCAAAGAAAUAAAAGCGACAUAUAACGAGCUUGAGGUGGCACUCAAGAAGAUGGAUCAAGCGGAGGUUAUUAGAGAAAUCACCAGUCCAGAGACGGAAUGGAAGUUCCUACCUCCAGCGUCUCCUCAUAUGGGAGGAUCCUGGGAAAGGCUGAUUCAGUCAGUGAAGAGGAAUCUAACGGCGAUGAAACCAGGGCGGAAUCCAACGGAUGAAACUCUUCGAAACAUGCUGACAGAGGUAGAAAAUGUCAUCAACUCCCGUCCGUUAACCUACGUGCCGAUAGAAGAUCCUGAAGCCCCAGUUCUCACACCCAACCACUUCUUGUUGGGUUCUUCAAGUGGUCUCAAGCCGGCCACGAUCUUCGACGACAGUGCAGUGGUUCUUCGACGAUCCUGGUGCAUAUCACAGGUCGAAACGAACAUCUUCUGGAAACGAUGGGUGCGUGACUACCUGCCGGACCUCACGAAGAGGACGAAGUGGUUUGACGAGGUCAAGCCAAUUGAGGUGAAAGACAUAGUGGUGGUGGUCGAUCCAGGACUGCCAAGAAAUUGUUGGCCCAAAGGACGGGUAAUUUCAGUAAACAAGAGCAAAGAUGGGCAGGUAAGGUCGGCGGCAGUACAGACCCAGGCGGGCAUCUAUGAGCGACCAGCGACGAAGCUUGCGAUUCUUGAGGUACGACGCGAUGAGGAGGUAAGCCAGGGGUCUGGCAUACCUGGGGGGGACUGUCACGACCCCUUGGUCGGCGCGUCUCACCUUGAGAUAUGA